AUGUACAAACUCUGUUUCGCGAAGGGUCUGUUUCGUCGAUGCUUGGUCCUACCUGCCGGCAGAGUCCCGGUCUCUCUGAUCAAGUGGGUGAAUCCAGACUACUUCCCAUCACUUCGACACGAAGUCGUUGCCUUAGCCCAUCACGUAGCUGGUCACGGGUCGGUUAAAUCCACUCUAGACGUUCUGCGUCGCUGUGUGUGGUUCCCUCGUAUGAACGCUUACGUUGAUAGGGCCUAUCAGGCCUGUUCUACCUGCUGGGAGAGCCGAAAGCACGAGCUGAUUGCUAGCAGUGCUAAUCCAAGGUCUACACCUACAGUCCGUUUGGAGAUAGUCUACUCUGACUUUGCUCAUCCUCCUACGUCAUGUGGAAAGCCCAGUCGUAAGGAAUUGACGAGCUUUGUCAUCUUCGUCUGUGCAGCCUCUGGAUUCACAGUCGCGGUGCCUACCUGUGGUGAGGAUGCUCUAUCUCUCUCUAUGGCAUUCAUUACCUCAUGGGUUCCCAUUUGUGGUGUACCUCGAUGUCUAUUCACGGAUGGCGGUCCCGCAUAUAGGGCACGUUUAACCGAGCUGCUAACCUCAGCUUUAGGUAUAAACCAUUCCUUCUCUCUACCGGCUAACCCUCAGUCUAAUGGAUUGAGUGAGAGAACAGUGGGACGCCUGAAGUCAUUGAUGGAGAAACUACCAGCUUCGUUGCCGUGGGAUUGUGCCCUACACCUCAGUUGUUACUAUCACAACCACUGUGGUCCGUCACCUACCCCUUCUGACUGUGCACUCGGUUUGUCUCGUGGUCCGAUCCGCUUAUUUACCGAUGAGAUCGAGGAGUAUCCCCAUGAGUCUAUCGAAGAGCUAUGUCAAUCUUACCUCGAUGAGAAGGGCUACCUUCGCUUCGAACGAGCAUGCGCUAAUGCUAAUAUUCUACAAACCUCUGGUGCUACUGAGCUACUAAAACCAGGUACCAAGAUUACGUGGAAGAAGAAUUUGGAGAUUCGCGAAGCCGUCGUAUGUACUCCUCCUUCUGGUUUACAACCGUCCGGUUAUGACUCUGACUCCCCUCAGUUGCAUCGUUACGCUUACCUAGAUCCCAACUUCCGUACUUGUUGGAUAACAUAUCUGGACAACGACAACGAGGAGGUGAAGAGAGUCCCUAUAUCUCAGAUAUCACUGAGGAGGGAAGAUAUCAACUUCGAUGAUCAACCACUACACUCAUUACCAGGAUCUAUUGGUGGUCUCCGUAAGGAUGAGUUCAUCGUGGUGAAUGUCGGUGCUGAUCCAGCUUCAUCGAUCUAUGUACUGGCAAAAAUUUUGGCUGUUGGCCCUACCUGGGUUGACAUUAUUGUUCAUGACCUUUGUUCGGGUAAGUUCAAGCCGUUGUAUACGGAUCGUAACCGUAGCCGAUUCCAGUUUACUUCUGGAGCGGGUUUUUCUCUGGAUAGACGUCGAGUGAGUCUUUCCCAAGUUGAGAGUGAUAGCUUCGCUUUGACUAAAGCAGGCAGAGUUCCUGUUGCAGUGGAGCGUUCAUUAUCUGCGAGAGGAAUCAGUACGGUUCCGGGCGGCACUUGUUGAUACCAUCCGUCUUGAACGUUAUCGAUUAUUAAGACGAGCGCUUUUUACGAUCACAAUUCGCUAUGUUCCGUUCAUUGUGCUCGCGUCAUAGUCGUAUAGUCCAACCUAUUAUCAGUCCGUCCUAAUACGAAUAUCCAUGUUAGUUGUCAUUCCAUUAACUCGGUUAUUGGACUCGUACGCCUGAUAUUCUACCUAU